GUGAUAAGAGCGUAGUGAGGACGCCGUAACAUCGUGAAGACAGACAAAAUUACAAAUUCAUGCCGUUCGCACUACGAUCUCACCACGAUCUAAAAAAAAUUAUAGAACGUAGUGAGGUCGUGAUGUAGUGUGACAGGGCCACAAGGAGAAUUAAUGGUUAGGACUUAUAUGUACGUAAAACAGAUAAAUCAAAGUAAUUGGGACGAUGUUCGUUCACAUAAACAAAACUAAGAGGAAUUUAAAUUACAUGUACAUCCCACGAGAGGCAGUGUGUCCGGUUGGUGGCCACGGGUCCUGCGUCCACCUACACGAUUCCAACAUUUUAAUUUUUUGUGAAAGCAGGAAACUAUAUUAGCCUAGUAUAGUGGCCUUCCGAGUGCUACAUGGUUUUACGAAUCACAGAAACAUCCACCAGGACGAUGAAUGUGAAGUUGUGGUUUCCUUUUCCGACGAGUUAGUCUCAUUGAAUUUGGAAAACCCAGAGGUGUCUGAUGGAGAAUCGAAUCUUUCUGAAGAAAAGGUUUCUCGUUGGGGUGAUUUUGUCGGUAGCACUUCCGGUGUGGAUCAGCGGUUCUAAUAUCCAACCAGGUAACAAGAAAGACACAUGGUCAGCGUGGCUGUCGUGUAGUGAAUCUUGUGACGGUGGACUGCAAUCUAGGGCCCGGGAUGUGUGUCCACCUGAACUCGAGAACACCUGUACAGUAAUCGAGAGUCGUAGAUGUAACGAAUUUUCUUGCGAUGAAAUACCAAGUUCAUCAUCGCCACGAUCCACAGCAACAACCUCUUUGGGCACCAGUACGCAUGCCCAGAAGAAGUUUCUGACGACUUCUUCAUCUGUUCCUUUCACAACUCGACCUGAAGUCCCAGAAGUGACAACUGAAUUAGUGACUACACCAUUAAUUAAGCCUAAACCCAAAACUGUUAGAUCCACCACAACCACCUCCACCACAACCCCAUCACCAAAUCCAGUCGCUGGCCCAAAGUCUGGAACGGAUUGUUUAAGAUCAAGUUUCAUGGUGUUCAGCCUCCUUCUUUGGCACCUAUCGUGACCAUCACAUCUCUACACAAAUGACGGGAGCUGAACAAAGAAAAGGACGUUUUGUGUUUGUGAUAUUUGCGCUUGAUUAGAUUGAAAUGUCUUCAUGGGGCCUGGGCACGAUUUGAGCUUAACAUUGUCAAAUUUUGUUUUUCUAUUUUCAAUGUUAACAAUGCUUACUUAACGAAGGUAUUUCUAAUUGUCAGCAAAAAUGCCAAUGAGAUACUUAGCUCACAAAUCUAUGUUAUGUAAACAAGGCUCGUGUCAUGUUUUUGUUUACAUAGGUUAAAUAUACCAAUAAAAGUUUCGUUUAAAGCACUUUUUGUAGAAUUACAAGUUAAUUCUGAACACAAAUAAACAGUUUCUAGUGUUUGUCACAUCUCAUUUUGUUUUAAACAUGAUAUUUUCUAUUAAGCAAUCUAUAUGUCAACAAAACAUGAAAAACUAACACUGUAAACAUUAAACAGGUUUCAACUUGUUUUGCGCUAUCUAUAUAUAUAAUAUUUCCAGUACAAAUGAUUAUGUUUCAGGAAAUAUUUUGGAUAUGAGUAAGAUUAAUUAGCAUUCAGAAUUAAAUUAUAGAGCAGAUA